AUGACUGUCAUUUCACAGUCACUCAAAUCAGAACUGGAAUGCCACAAAAACAACUCCCUGUUCGCCCAGAAAAAAAAGAAAGAAAGUAAAGGGGAAAUUCAGAUUAGUCACAGAGAAGCCCCGCCUGCCUGCAGAAGCUGCGGUGUUAAAACUGAGAGAGUGCGUUGUGCUCUCUCAAUCGCCUCUUCUCUCUGCCCUGGGACCUCUGUGUAUUUUCACGUUGAUAAGCUUUGUUCCCUUCAUCCCCUUCCUUGUGGAGAAGAGGUCAGGCUCCCUCAGGCUCCCCUUUGCCACAGUUUUCCUCUUCCUUGCAUCCAAACCGUGAAGAUGGAAGGGGUCCAACCCCUGGAUGAGAAUGUGGGAAAUGCACCAGGGCGAAGACUCCAGAAGGACAAGCUAUUGCUGGUGGCAGCCGUGAUCCAGGGGCUGGGGCUACUCCUGUGUUUCACCUACAUCUGCCUGCACUUCUAUGCUUCCCAGGUGCCCCCUCAGUAUCCUCCAAUUCCAAGUAUCAGAGUACAAUUUACCAGGUGUGAGAAUGAGAAAGGUUGCAUCAUCACAUCCCCAAACAACGAAGAAACCAUGAAGGUGCAAGAUAACUCCAUCAUUAUCAACUGUGACGGGUUUUACCUCGUCUCCCUGAAGGGCUACUUCUCCGAGGAGCUCAGCCUCAGCCUUUAUUACCGGAAGGGUCGGAAACCUCUGUUCUCCCUGAGCAAGGUCACAUCUGUUGACUCCAUUGGAGUGGCUUAUCUGGCUUUCAAGGACAAAGUCUACUUUAACGUGACCACUCACAGCGCCUCCUACAAAGACAUUCAGGUGAAUGGUGGGGAAUUGAUUCUCAUUCAUCAAAAUCCUGGUGGAUUCUGUGCCUACUGAGUACCCAAGGGCUGCUCCUGAGCCGGACACCGGCACGAACAACGAACUGGGGUUGGACAGGACUUUGAUUCUUCCCUGGGAGUGAAGACAUUGUCCUAGCUUAGCCCCCAUAUAUGGCCGCACUGGAUGUGACCAGAAUCAAAUCCCCCAAUUCAGGGAUAUUUAAAACUUAUUUUUAUGUACCAAUUAACUUUAUUUAUCCUUAUGUCUUCUAAAUCACCUACCCCUCGUCCCUUAUGGUUGCUUCAAGCUACAAGAGUGAGAAAAUAGGUGCCUCUUCCUCAAGGCACAUUAUAUCUACUGGUCAGGAAACUGUCCUAAUAAACUUUCUUUAUUGAAAAAGACACUUGACUACCAUUUGCUGGAAAUUUGACACUGGCUUUGUGAAAAUGAAGAGGACCAAGGAAGGGGCUCUGAAUUGGCCAAAGGUGGUGUGGACUAACGGUUGGCAGCUAAGAUGGUCUCUCCGAGAUGAAAUUAGUUGCGGUUUGCGCAGUGUCUAAUACCUCUCCCAUUUGUUGGAGUUCGAAUGGAAAAUCAUCUUGAGAACAGCUGGCAGGACUUGAAGACAACCAGCUGAGAAAUACUCUGCUCUGGGCCUUUUUUUUUUUUUUUCUUUUUCUUUUUUCUUGCCACUUUGCUUGCUUUUCCUGCCUCCAUGGUUCUUAAUAGAAAUUUCCCUUCAAAGAAUCAUCCUGGUGAUGUGAUGCUGUCAAAAAUCUAAUCACUGAUUUCAGGAAAACUGAGGGAGAGUUUUCUAAACUGGGAGAGUGAGAUGAUUUAUUGUCGAGGGUUAUCUUUAUGGCAUGGGAGGGCAGUGAAACUGGACAGCUCGGGGUAAAAAUCAGUAAGAAUUUUGGUGGUCUGGAAUUUUGGUUCUUUGCUACUGCCAACCAAACCAACACACAUGCAUUUUCCUGCUUAUACUGAGAUACACACUCAGCCCUAUUUCGUGUACGUGUAUACUGCGUUGCUAGCUUCAAAAAUGAAGCAGUUCUAUUCUUGCAUGCAACUUUAUGUCAAGAUACUCAAGUUAUUAUAGUAUAUGAAAAACAGUGAUAUCUGUAAUAUUGCAUAUGAUCUAAUACUGAUAAUUGAGACUAGAAUGACCAAUAAUCAGCAAUACCAAUAAGGAAAACGAUCCCUUUAUUUUUAGUUUAAAUAUCCCUCUUGAUGCCUCAGGCUUAUGGCACUGUGAACAAAUUUCCAGACGAUUUGUAAGUUCUCAAGUUUUUGAUGGCAGCAAAUGGCUUCCUCCCAUUUUAAACAGACUGCAUAACAUGACAUAGACUCUUUCUGGAUGAUUCUGUGUCAUCAAAGGUAUUGUACUGUGCUGCAGUACAGUGAUAUCUCCAGGAUCUCCAGAAAGGGAGAAGACAGUUUGCCCCAUACUAAAUGGUCUCAAUUGCAUUUGGAUUUUUUCCUAUCUAUUUAACACAGUUUUCCAUCCCCUCUUAAGUGUUUAUUUAUGAGAGAAACUGCAUAUGGUAAGAGCAACCGAGCUCUGAGUGGCUGUCCAGGCGCUUUCAUAACCGUAGUCACGGUCACGAUCAUAAUCACAGGUAAACAUCAGCGGAGGG